AACUAUGACUCAGGCCCCGCCCCUACGGACGCAUGCUUGGAAGACAUGCGCUUUGCGGCAAAGUCCUCCUUUUCUCCACACACGCUUCUAAGCCUCGGCACAUCUCCUCACAUCGCUCCUAACUACACUUUAUUCAUCUUCCGUGUCAGGGUAAACUCCACUCGUCUCAGCCAAAUUUGGAGAUUAUUAGGCCCGCUUAGCUUGAUAGUUGUUUGAGCGCGCCAAUUAGCUUAGCAUGCUAGUUAGCUUAGCUUGUUAGCCGCUAACAAAGAGACGCGGAUUUGAUCAACACAUCGCUUAGUUAAGAUCAAGUGUGAGUGUAAAGUGUUGUGAUUGUGUGAAAAUGUGCGAAAGAACGAUAGAAAAGUAUGAGGAGGAACUUUGUUGUGUGAAAAUGUGUGAAAGAACGAUAGCAGAGUACAAAGAGGAACUUUCUCGUACAAAAGAAGAGAACGAGAGACUACGUCAACUAUUGGAGGCUGUUUUCAAGAAACCUCAAGUUGUGUUACACAGAACAGACAGCGGCAACGAGGACGAAUUCGGCGAUCGCCACCUAACCAACGAUUGCAUCUUUUGACCACUGGUGCAACUUAAAUCCGUCGAUUGACGUCUGUGAAAAAUAUCACCCACCUGAGCAGCAGGAGGGGUCCUCCACUAUGGAGCAGAGGAGGUCACAGUACCUCCACGUGAAAGAAGAGGAGCCAAAGCCAAAAGUGGAGGAAAAACAGCGGCUGUCCCCCCACUUUAUAGAGGAAGACAAGAGACACCUCAUCAGUGUGAAUAGUGAAGAUGAUGAGGUGAAAGGUGAAAGUGAGGAGAGGGGAGGGGGGGAGCCUCCAAGCAGCAGCUCAACACAACACAUGACAACAGAAGCUGAUGGAGACCACUGUGGAGGAUCACAAGCAGACAAGCUCUUAGCUCCACUAUCAGAUAGUGAGGACACAACGUCACACUCUCCUGACACUGAUGAUGAAGACUCUAAAGAUGAUAAGACAUGUCACACUGACAACACUCACUUCACAUCUUCUCACUCUCACAAAACUUUUAAAUACCAUUGUAGUCUGAAAAGACACAUGAGAAGACACACCGGAGAAAAACCUUUUUCUUGUUCACUCUGUAGUAAAGGUUUUGCACAAAGUUCAAGUUUGGUAAAACACAUGAGAACACACACUGGAGAAAAACCUUUCUCUUGUUCAACCUGUGGUAAAGGUUUUAGAGAAAGUCAACAUUUGAAAAGACACAUGAAAAUACACACCGGAGAAAAACCUUUUUCCUGUUCAAUCUGUGGUAAAGGUUUUAGAGAAAGUCAACAUUUGGAGGUACACAUGAGAACACACACGGGUGAAAAACCUUUUGUCUGUUCAAUCUGUGGUAAAGGUUUUACACGAAGUCACUAUUUGAAAGUACACAUGAGAACACACACUGGUGAAAAACCUUUUUCCUGUUCAAUUUGUGGUAAAGAUUUUAGAGAGAGUAUAUAUUUGAAAAGACACAUGAAAAAACACACUGGAGAAAAACCUUUUGUCUGUUCAAUCUGUAGUAAAGAUUUUACAGAAAGUCGAUGGUUGAAAGUACACAUGAGAACACACACUGGUGAAAAACCCUUUUCCUGUUCAAUCUGUGGUAAAGGUUUUACACAAAGUCAUCAUUUGAAAGUGCACGUGAGAAGACACACUGGUGAAAAACCUUUUUCCUGUUCAAUCUGUGGUAAAGGUUUUACAGAAAACUGGUGUUUGAAAGUACACAAGAGAACACACACUGGUGAAAAUUCACAUUCCUGUUCAACCUGCAACAGAAGCUUUUGUCAACAAUCAAAGCUUGUAGCACACAUGAGAAGACACUCUGGAGAAAAAGUGUUGAGUUGUGGUGUGUGUGGUGAAAGAUUGUCUUCUAAGUACCAGUGUAAGAAACACAAGUGUGCUGGUGAGAACAGCAGCAGCAAAUGAAACUGCAGGAUUUGAAAUAAACUGUCCAGACUUUCA